AUGAUUACUGUCUAGUGACGUUUCGUGGUAUGUGUGUGUGUGCUACUACUGUCAACGUUGUAUACGUCAAAGUAUUUAUUGUUGUUCAAUGUUCCAAACAUAAGAUGAUCCAAUCGGCCAAGUGAAACUAUUUUGUGUAUUCAAACGUUCAAAUAGAAAAUGGAGCUUCAAGAAUUGGACUCAGAGGCGAAAUUGGGCGCGAUAAAAGAUAUAAAAAAUAUGUUUUCGCGACCCGGCCAAUUGGAACGAGUGGAUUUAUAUAAACAACGUGAGGGGCGUAAAAAGGCAUCGCUUGAAGCCCAACUCAAAACAGCGAUGCAAAAUCAAUUGGACGACGAUGGAAUGGGACAAAAACAACUUGAAAACUCAAUGUCACACAUUAAUGUGAUUGACGAAAACAUCAAAGAAGUUCGUAAGCUGUUGAAAAAUGUGCCGAAGAUCUAUGAAGCCCUCGAACAUGUACGCAACGAAAACGUGAAGCAUUCACAGUAUGCAACGGUGAUGGAGAAUUUAAAGCACAUAUUUUCGGUUCAAUCAAGUGUAGCGAAGACAAUUCAGUGGAUUGAAGAAGACAAGCUAUUGAAUGCACAUCAAUGUUUGACUGAUUUGGAGAACUCACGUGAUGAUAUUCUCUUUGAAUUGCAUAAAUUGCCAAAACAAUACGCACUCGAUAAAAUGACAUUGAAAAGCAAUUUUGCAAAAGUUGAAGCCGUUUCAGCUCAACUAGGUCAAAAGAUUCGGUUGAUACUCGAUCGAUGUUUGGCAACCGUUCGCAAAGAACCAACAAUUAUUGUCACUGCUAUGAGAAUAAUCAAACGGGAGGAGACAGCCGAUGCAUUCGCCUUGCAACAAAAACAACAAACUGGAUUUAUUCCACCCGAUCGGCCAAAGAAUUGGCGUAAAAUGGCAAUGGAUGCACUUUAUGCCACCGUAACUGUUCGAAUCGAAGGUUCGAAAUUGGAAGAACGAUCCGAUAAUAAAUUGUGGCUUGUGCGAGACUUGGAAAUUGCACGUCAGUUCAUUUUGGAUGAUUUGCGUGUGGUGAAGCAAUGCUGCGUACCAUGUUUCCCGCCUGAAUUCAACAUCUUUUCCGAAUAUGUGAGAAUGUAUCAUACAGCACUAUCGACACAUUUGGAAGAAAUCAUCCAGAGCGGUUUAGAGGGCAAUGAGUACGUUUCGCUGUUAUCUUGGGUGAUGAACGUUUAUCCCGGGCCAGAGCUCAUGUCACAUCCAGACCUGCUGGUCGAUUUAUCCAAUAUGGAUCCGCUGAUAACACCUGAAUCGCUCAAGGAACUGGAGAAUGAAUACUUGAAGAUUAUGGAAAAGAACUACGAAGAUUGGAUGGCAAAAACAAUUGAAACGGAAAAGCAAGAAUGGCUACUCGACACGCUUCCUGAUCAUGAUGGUCAAGAGAAAUACUACCACACCUCGGCGCCGGUCAUCAUCUUCCAAAUGAUUGAUCAACACUUACAAGUGACGAACACAAUCCAUUCCGAAUUCACAUUUAGUGCCUUAGUGUUGAGCAUUCAACAGGUCACAAAAUACGGUCAAAACUACCGUCAAUGCAUCAUUGAAUUUAAGGACAAACACUUCAAAGAUCGCAGUCAGAUGCCAUUUUUCACGCAACAUCUUAUAACGAUCGUCAACAAUUGUCAGCAAAUCAUGGAACUGGCACAACAUAUGAAACAGCUUUAUUGGCCCAAAUCAAGAACGGAUCAUUACGAAGAGUUUGAACGAUUAUUGAAAACAUUUCAAAAUCUCCGAGAUGAGGUGGGUGUGUUUCUGUUGGAUGAAGCAUUUUUGGAUCUUGAAGUACAUUUCAGCGAAUUAUUUACACCUAAAUGGCUUGCGUCAUCGAUUUCAGUGGAUACGAUUUGUGUGACGCUCGAAGAUUACUUUCACGAUUAUAAUCAUUUGCGCGAAAAUAAUUUCGAAUAUGUAAUUAACGAGGCUCAAAAAAUGGUCACAAAACGCUACAUUAAGGCAAUGUUAUCGAAACGAUUGAGUAAACCACGUCAAGAUUGUGACACCAUCACGAAGAAAAUCAACAAGGAAGCCAAACAAAUUAAAACAUUUUUCGGUAAAAUCGCACCAAAUAUGACUGAUGCUGACUCACCGAUUGAUCUUAUCACAGUCAUGGGAAAUCUUAUCAGCUGCGAUAUGGAAAUGCUGGUGCUCGAUUUACACACUUUGUUUGGAAACUAUCCCAGUCUGACGGAAGAUCAUUUAGUGCGACUGUUCCAUAUUCGAAAUGACAUUAAAUCAAAUGAAGUUAAAACGAAAAUUCAAGACGCAAUCAAAUCGAAAAAGUCCAAAGUUAGCGUUGAUAAGCAAGAUGUUGUCUUCAAAGAAAUCGUUUUCUCUGAUAAAUUAUGGUAAACGCGUUGAUUAAAUCAAUUCUAACUCUUUGAUUAUUAUUCAAUAAAAGAAAUAUUAAUGUGCAUUAUGUGCAA